GCAUGCGCAGCUCUGGUUACUGUGCACUCUGUAGGGCUGCCCGGUGCUCAGGGGCUCCUGGGAAGAUGGCGUGGAUGGGGAUGGCCGCCCUGGGCGCUUGGGUAUCUCGUCGGAGGUGGGACCGACCGGCGGUCUUCUUAGGCUUCCACCGUGGCCUCAGCGCAUUACUUGCAAGGAAGUCGGAGGGGACGGCACGGUGGGUCCCAGCUUGCAGACAAAAGACGUCAGUCUCUUUCCUUAGUCGACCAGACCUUCCAAACCUGGCUUAUAAGAAGCUAAAAGGCAAAAGUCCAGGACUUAUCUUCAUCCCUGGCUAUCUCUCUGAUAUGAAUGGUACAAAAGCAUCGGCGAUUGAAGAGUUUUGCAAAUCUCUAGGUCACGCCUGUAUAAGGUUUGAUUACUCAGGAGUUGGAAAUUCAGAUGGUAACGUACAAGAAUGCACAGUGGGAAGAUGGAGAAAAGAUGUUCUUUCUAUAAUUGAUGACGUAGCUGAAGGACCACAGAUACUGGUUGGAGCCAGCCUCGGCGGUUGGCUCAUGCUUCAUGCGGCGAUCGCAAGGCCACAGAAGGUAGUUGCUCUUAUUGGGGUAGCUGCGGCAGUAGAUGGCCUGGUGAUGCAGUUUAAUCAGCUUCCGGUGGAGGUAAAAAAGGAAAUAGAGACGAAAGGCGUGUGGAGCGUUCCAUCCAACUACAGCGAAGAAGGCAUUUAUAACCUUCAGUACAGUUUCAUUAAAGAAGCUGAACACCACUGCUUUCUGCGUAGUCCUAUCCCCGUGAACUGCCCCGUAAGACUGUUGCACGGCAUGGAGGAUGACGUCAUCCCUUGGCACAUGUCCAUUCAGCUUGCCAACCAGGUAGUCAGCAAGGACGUAGAUGUCAUCCUCCGAAAACACAGUGAUCACAGAAUGAAGGAGAAAUCGGACAUCCAACUUCUUGUUUACACUAUUGAUGACUUAAUUGAUAAGCUUUCAACUGUAGUUAACUAGAAUCACAUUUUAGGUGGUAUGUACAUGAACGGAUCCAGAAAAUUGGAAGGAGGGUAACAAACGAAAGACGCUGAUACUUAGGUUUUUUCCUCUUAGCUCUAUUUCGUAAAUAUCACAUGAACAUUUACUUAAUGACGUACAAAUUGCGACGGAAGUACAAGCUGCCGUUCCUUCAAUCCUUGAUUUCUUUUCAUUGAAGUAGAGUGAACAGUGUUGUCAUAGUUUCGGGGGCACAGCAUAGUCAUUAGACACCUGCGGGUGCUGCCCUGUGCUCACCACAGACAGAGCUGCAGCCUGUCCGCGCGCAGCACUGCGACAGUGCCAUGGCCGUGCUGCUGCCGCUGCACCUCUCGUCCCGUGACCUCUUCCUCCCGUGACCUCCUCCUCCCGCGCCCAGAAGCCUGCGUCUCCUACUCCUUCGCCUACUUUUGCUCAUCCCCCCUCCCCUCUGACAACCACUAGUUCUCUGCAUUUAUGGGUUUGUUUCUGCUUUGUUUUUCGUUUGUUU